AUUUAUUCCAUCCGCUAGGCUCCGUCGUUAUCCGUAGGUAUAGCAUACUUAAAGGCGAACAACCAGCAAAUGUAGUUUCAAGUAAGCAGUGCCAAACGUGACUUUGUUGCGUACAAGCUUAACGUAUAACAAUACAUCUGCUCAGUAACUCGUAGUUCAAUUCCAACAUUCGAUUAAUUUCGGUACAUGUACGCACCACAUGUAACAUCCAAUCGCCAUGCAGGAUGAUUUGUUAUUCGUGCCACCGGGUGUUAUAACGUGCGUAUAUAGCUUUAAUAACCUUUGUAAUCUCGCAAACGUGACGAUACUGUUCCUGCUAAAAGUAUGGACCUUUACCUCAACCGUCAUCGGAACAUGGUUAGACGAUUAUUGAGAUGGUUCCCUGUGGCUGUGAUAAUGCCAGACAUGGGAGUUGGCAAUGUGAUAAGCGGAGCGUGAUAAUUUAAUCUUUUGGAUAAACCCAAAAUCGUAGGGGGUGUGUGAAGGAUUGCCCUAUAAAUAUGAAGGGACCCUCGAUGUGUGGUAUGAUUUUUGGUUCACAUCUUCAUCACUCUCAUCAUGCAGUGGUACACCGUCACCUGUUUCCUUGUUGCGGGACUUAUUGCCAAUGGUAUCGCCAUUGAUGACCGUAACUGGCAGCUAGCCCCCGAUGGCAAUGGCAGACUGCAUCUGAUUAACACCAAUCCUUACGAUAUUCCCGAAUCGGACACCGUUGUGCCUCGGUUCGUUCCCGAACAGGACACCAUUUUCCGUCUGUUCACUCGGGCCAACCCAACGGAGCCACAGAUUCUGCAGCUGAACAAUCCCGCCUCCAUUAGUGGAUCGAACUUCAACCCGGCACAUCCGACGCGCUUCUCCAUACACGGUUGGAAUAACGAUGGAUCGCACUUUAUGAAUACGCUGUUCCGGGAUGCAUACUUCCAGCUGGGCGAUUUUAACUUGAUCACCGUCGAUUGGGGUGUUGGAGCGAUCAACCCGAAUUACAUCACCGCCCGCAACUUGGUUGGGCCGGUAGGAAAUACGGUUUCGCUACUGAUCGAUCAGCUGAUCUCGACGGCUGGAGCAAAUCCGGACAACAUCUACAUCAUCGGGUACAGUCUGGGUGCGCAUGUGGCCGGAAGUGCCGGUAAGUCACAGCACGGACGCAUCCAUUCGAUUAUUGCACUGGAUCCGGCUGGUCCACUGUUUGCUUUGGGACAGAGUGAUGCCGUUUCGCCGGCGGAUGGACGUUACGUCGAAACCAUCAUGACGAAUGCCGGUUUGCUCGGCAUCAAUACGCCGCUGGGCCAGGCUAACUUCUAUCCGAACGGUGGACGCACACAGCCGGGUUGUGGGGCCGACAUUGCUGGCAGCUGUGCGCACGAUCGUGCACCGAUGUUUUAUGCCGAAUCGCUCACCACCAGCACACCGUUCCGCGCGAUGCGUUGCGCUGAUCAUGGCCAGAUACUGUCCGGUAGCUGUACUUCUUCCGGACCGGAUGCUAACAUGGGCGGCCAACCGUCAAACUAUGGUCGUGGUGUACAGGGAGUUUUCUACCUUGAAACUAACGAUGCUUCACCGUUUGCGCGGGGAUAAAUUAACACGUCAUGUUGAAUACGCAAGUUAACGUAACUAAACUACUGUGCCAAGUUGGUUAUUGUUGAAAUGUGUUGUUUUUUUCUUUGUUUUUUACAAUAAAUCCUUUCUC